CGGGAGGCAGAGUCUGACAGAAGUACCUGGAGCAGGCCCAAGUUAGCAAAAGAGUCGCAGUGGUCUACCUCUUAUCGACGCGCCCGCUUUUGCGCAUCGCUGUUGCGCGCAAAAAUACUGGAGCAGCGCUCACCAGGCUGCAGCCGCUGCACAGCGCCAUUGCUGGAUGCAGAGCGCCGGCUGGGCUCUACUCUGCCUCUCCACCACCACCAUGGCGCUUCUCAAGCCUCCCACGCCCGGUGAGUGUUUCUGCGGCAAGACGCGGAUCUCAUUGAUCGACGCCGACGCGAUCGUGUCGUCGAGCAUCUGCCAUUGCUCGGUCUGCCGGCGGCUCUGCGGUGCGCCGUUCUGCGCGAACCUGCUGACGCCGCGCAGCAACGUGCGCAUAGAUAUCUAUGGAUCUCCCGCGUCGACCGACGCUCUCGCGGGCCUGCAGACGAGCAAGAACGUCGUGCGCUACCGGUGCACGUCGUGCUCGAGCCCGACGCUGGCGACGCUCAAGCUCGGCAAGCAGGACCUCUACGCGUUGCCAUUAGCAGCGUUCCCGCGACCGCAUCCUGCGAAGUGGGCGCCGCAGCACCACUUCCAUUAUUCGGAUAGAGUCAUGGACGUCCACGACGGCCUCACGAAGUACUCGGGGCGCUACCUGCUCAGCGACGAGUGCGACGACGCCGGGGAGCCUCUGCCGAAGGGCCGGCUGCCGGGCGUCGGGGAGGAGGGCGUUGGGUAAUUGUGUUG